AAAAUUGACCAUCCUGUGUCACACYACGGCAGGAGGAGUUAACCUGUAGCAAAGCAUGUGGUUAAUCUUCGCUGUGCUCAGCCCCGGGCUUCAAAGUUCUCCCUAAAARCCUCCUCGCAGCCAUUCAGGCGUUUAUUUGACCCAAACGAAGCUGAACUUCACUCAGGGGAUGAAAAUAUCCGUUCUGUCCAAGAAGCUGUGGUGCGUCCACAAACAGCUGCUCCUUCUGCUGGCGCCACUCGUUUUUCUGCCUUUUCUUUUCACUCUGCCAGAAAAGGAAGGAAAAUGCCUCUACGUGGUGGUGCUGAUGGCAACGUUUUGGUGCACGGAGGCCCUACCGCUGGCUGUCACAGCCAUGCUUCCAGUCUGCCUCUUUCCAACCAUGGGAAUUCUUCCAGCCAAAAAGGUCUGCCCUCAGUACUUCAUCGAAACCAACUUUCUCUUCCUCAGCGGUCUGGUGAUGGCAUCGUCCAUCGAGGAGUGGGGUCUUCAUCGUAGGAUAGCGCUGAAGGUUCUCAGUAUUGUUGGAGUAAAACCAGCUUGGCUCAUUUUAGGAAUGAUGCUGACGUCCUCCUUCCUGUCCAUGUGGCUCAGUAACACUGCCACGACAGCCAUGAUGCUGCCCAUUGCUAAUGCCAUCCUGGAGAGCCUGUUUGGGGACCUGGAGACCCUGAAGARAAAGUGCAAAUCCCCUGAGGAUCAUGACAGUGCUGCAGUAAAUGGCGGGUCUUUAUUGAAGCUGCAUUCACUGCCAUCAGAGCCUUCGGAAAAACAAAUACUGUCAACAGAAGGGAUUGAUGCAGUGGAUCAGACUGACCUGAGGACAGCUGAAGAGAUCCGUUCAGAGUCAGAGUAUCAGCUAAGGGUUUGGAAAGGAUUCUUGAUCUGUAUUCCCUAUGCAGCCAGUAUCGGAGGGACAGCAACACUUACAGGCACCGCACCAAACCUCAUCCUGAUAGGACAACUGAAAAGCUAUUUCCCAGACUGUGAUCUGAUUAACUUUGGCUCUUGGUUUGCGUUUGCUUUCCCGCUCAUGCUCCUCUUCUUGUUUUUGGGAUGGCUUUGGAUUGCUUUUCUUUACGGGGGAUUGAAUACAAGGUUGUGUUUUACGAAACAUGACUGGAGAGCUCAUGCUGAAGUCCGAGCCAAAGCUUUAAUAAAAGAAGAUUACCAAAAACUGGGGCCAAUGAAUUUUGCAGAGGGGGCCAUCUCUUUCUUCUUUGUUUUGUUUGCGGUACUUCUGUUCACAAGAGACCCAAAGUUUGUCACAGGCUGGUCUGUGUUUUUCAAAAAAGGGUACGUCUCAGACGCGGUAACUGGUGUGAUCAUUGUAUCCAUUUUAUUCUUCUUUCCUUCACAGAAACCUUCUCUUAAAUGGUGGUUUGACCCAAAAGCUUCAAACACUCCGUAUGUUCCUCUACUUUCGUGGAAAAAGGCCCAAGAAUCUGUUCCCUGGAAUAUCAUUCUCCUUCUGGGAGGUGGUUUCGCAAUGGCUAAAGCUUGUGAGGAAUCUGGCCUCGCCUCCUGGAUUGGAGGCCACCUCCAGCCUUUGGCUGAAGUUCCCCCUGCUGCAGCUGUGAUUCUGAUCACUGCUUUCCUUGCCUGUUUCACUGAGCUUGCCAGCAACACUGCCACAAUCAUCAUAUUUCUACCUGUCAUUGCUGAACUGGCAAUUCGGGUCUGGGUGAACCCUCUGUACUUCAUGAUCCCUGCCACAGUUGGAUGCUCGUAUGCCUUCAUGCUCCCAGUGUCCACUCCACCCAACUCCAUCGCRUUUGCCUCRGGACACCUCAUGGUUAAAGACAUGGUGAAAACUGGUUUUGUUAUGAACAUCCUGGGUAUCUUAUCCGUCUCRCUCGCCAUGAACACUUGGGGCGUCGCCAUGUUCAACCUGAACACGUACCCAGAAUGGGCUCACACCAUCAACAAGACGUCACUUAUUCCUAAUGUGCCUCUCUCAUCACUCCAAUCAAACAACGCCACGCUCUGAAAGAACUAGUUUUUUAAGACAAAUACAUUUAUCAUAAGAUUGAAUACAGAUUUAACACUAAACAGGGACUAAUGUCUGCAUUAUAAUGUCUGCUCUGUUAUUAAAAUGGUCAAACUCUUGGAGCUUCAGCUGUUACUUCUAAUGUCUUUUAAAUGCUUAGUACUGAUUUUACUGUGAGUACAGAACUUAAUGCUCUGCUUCGGACACUCCAACUAUGUAAGUUGAUGAGGAUUAAGAAAAUGGUUUGUUUUAAAUUUAGUCAAAUUUUCGUCUUCAUACAAAGGAAAUCUGGGGAACAUCAGAGUUCUGCAAAAUCUUUGAAUUCUGCAAAGUGUUUUCUAUUAUGUGUAUAAAAAGAAAAUGUGCUGUUUGUAAUGUUACUACAUGACUGACCUGUAAUGUUACUACAUGACUGACCUCUGCUGGAAUAAUGAGAGAGACCUCUGUGAAUAACUUGAAAUCACCAAGAAAAACACAUUUUGCACACAUUUAAGAAUAUUACUCAAAUUAUAUUUUUAAUUCUUUCAGCACUAUUCUGUGAGUCCUUCUGAAUGAACAUGUACAUUUUGUUAAAUAGAUAUUGUUCAAUUGAUUUACAAAGAAAAUAAAAUUAUAAUGAUUUGUAACGUGUUUUAUAUGGAUGGGUUUUGUGAUGAUCGUUACAGCUUCUAAAAUCAAAAGAAAUAAAGAUUUUAAUGGGA